AUGGCACGGGAUUGGCAUCGUGGCCCAAACCUCUCCCUCGCUGCCCUAUCGUUUGACCUCCAUCAGAAACUGGCAGAAGAAUAUGGCGGAGAGGAAAAAUGGGGCUAUCGACGUCUCACGACAGUCCAAGUCGAGCUCAAGGCAGAAGAGAGGUUUGAAGACGUUCCAGACAUUAACUGGAUCGACAAAGCUACUAGCUCAUCUGUGAUCGGCGAUUCCUCUUCGACGGCACAAGUCACACCAGGGUUAUUCACUGAGGCUAUGGUCUCACUCGCGCAGGAAAAGGGUGUCAAAGUGACGAUAGCGACCGUCACGGGUAUCGAAAUGGACGGCUCUGGUUUGCCGACAGCCGUGAUUGCAACAAACGAUCAAGGAGAACGGAUCCGUGUUGAAGCUACAGAUGUCCUGUUCGCAACUGGUCCAUGGACAGCGUCGUUAGCCAAGAAAGUCUUGGGCAAACGUGCUGGAUCUGCACUGGACAUUGAACCAAGUCGAUGCUCAACAUCGGUCGUCUUCCGCCCAAGUAUCCCCGUCAGUGCACACGCACUGUUCACCGAGAUGCACACUCCAGACGGUAAAUCCACCAGCCCAGAGAUAUAUCCUCGUGGAGAUGGCACAGUUUAUAUGUGCGGCGAUCACACGGAUCCACUGCGCCAACGACCAUUCCCCGAAAGAGCAGACGCCAUAGCUCCAUCUGAGAUUGCUAUCAAGAACCUCACGCAGCGCCUAGCCUUCGUGUCAGAAAAGUUUAAAGAUGCGGAAAUUGUGGUGACGCAGGCGUGCUUUAGACCAGAGUCGAAACGCAAUCGACCUCUUAUUGGCAAACUCGGAGAGGGUUUGUGGAUAGCAAGCGGACAUUCCGUUUGGGGGAUCUGUAAUGCGCCUGGUACGGGCAAAGUCAUGUCAGAGCUACUGCUUGACGGAGAAGCGACGUCGGCGGAUAUUCGCGGUCUACGACCAUGA